AUGCUUUCUCCAGGCAUUUGCAUGAACUUCCUAAUUGCACGUCAAAGCAAAGAUGGUUAUGCAACCAUCGACAACCCUGAGAGAUUCUUCAAACAAGACUACCAGAGACUGACAGAGUAUUGUAUCAGCCGGCAAGUACGCUACAUCGAUGAAAUGUUCCCCCCUGACAGAAGAUCUAUUGGAAAUGAGGUACUAAACCCCUCGGACCUGCAAAAAGUGAUAUGGCUAAGACCAGGGAAGUUGGUUCCCAAUCCGCAUUUUGUUGUUGAUGGCAUCUCAAGGUUUGAUUUUGGUCAAGGCGCAGUUGGAAACUGUUGGUUCCUUGCAUCACUGGGUUCACUGACAUUCCAGAGAGUUAUUUUUGAGCGUGUUGUUCCUCUGGAGCAAAACUUUGCUCAGGACUACUGUGGACUGUUUCACUUUCGGUUCUGGAGGUUUGGCAGAUGGGUAGAUGUUGUCAUUGAUGACAAGCUCCCAACAAUCAACGGCAGACUCAUUUUUGUGAGAUCCAAAGAUCCAACAGAGUUUUGGCCUGCUCUGUUGGAGAAAGCUUAUGCAAAAGUUUGUGGUUCCUAUUCAGAUAUGAGUUCUGGAACACCCAGUGAGGCAUUGGUGGACUUCACGGGAGGUGUUCACAUUUGUAUCAACCUGUCAGAUCCACCCACAGAACUUUGGGAGCUGAUGUGCAGAGCUGGAGAAUCCAAAUCAUUGAUGGGAUGUGGUACUCCUCAAGGGGAGACAUCAGCCAACACUGUUUUGCCAAAUGGAUUGGUCCAAGGCCACGCUUACACCAUCACAGGCGUCAGACAGAUGAUGAGUCGCGGGCAAGCAGUUUGUCUGGUGCGCUUGUUCAAUCCCUGGGGCAGGGGGGAAUGGAAUGGAGACUGGAGUGAUCAAUCACCUUUGUGGGAAACUGUGAGCUCACAAGAACGGGCUAUGUGCCUCUCUGUGGUUGACAAUGGCGAGUUUUGGAUGAGCCUGGAAGAUUUUUGUAGAUUCUUCGAUGAUCUUGACAUCUGCUGUACGUGUCCUGACAUUCUUGAUAGAGGAACUUCCUACCAUUGGAAGACAUCCGUAUAUGAGGGCAGAUGGCUUGCUGGGAAAACAGCUGGAGGCUGCAUGAAUAACCUUGGGGACAGCUUCUGGACUAAUCCACAGUAUCGAGUCAAAAUCGACCAACUAAAUGAGGAAUGUAAUUCCAAACUUAUUGACAAAAACAUGUUUGUGUCUCUGAUGCAAAAGCCAGACAAAAGAAACAGAGCCCUAGUCAAAAAUCUUCACAUUGGAUUAUCAGUAUUUCAGGUCAGUGGUCUUUUCAAGACGCAAAAAGGGAAGUUUCCAGCAUCUUUCUUCAAUAAAAACAAACCUGUUGUGCAAACAAAAAACUACACAAACGCUCGUGAAGUGAUGGAGUUCGCCAUGUUGGAGCCCGGGGAAUACCUCAUUGUACCAUCGACUUUCAAACCCAACGAGACCGCCUCUUUCCUCCUGACCAUCCUCUCCAAGGAGGAGGCACAUAUCCAUGAGACUUCUGGUGGUCAUAGCCAUGGACAUAAAGAAGUUAAAGAGACCAGAGAAGCUGAUGAGGAGAAGGGAAUCUUGUUCCGGCAAAUAUUUGAGAAGGUUGAUGACGUGGAUGCAAAUCUGCUUCAGGAGCUACUAAAUGAUAAAGUCUUGAAAGGAGACUUGAAAACUGGAGGAUUUAGCAUUGAUGCAUGCCGCAGCAUGGUUGUAAUGAUGAGCACAAACGUCAACAGCAAACUGAACACUGGGGAGCUUUAUAGUUUGUGGAAGAAGGUUGUCAAGUACAAGGAUAUUUUCCUGUAUACUGAUGUGUCAACAAACGGAGCACUCUCACAGAGCGAGCUUAGAAAUGCCAUUUUUGCUUUAGGAAUAAGGGUCAGUGAUAACAUGUUAAAUAUGUUAACUGUGCGCUAUGGGACUUCAUCUGGACAUGUCACACUGGAGAACUUCAUCAGUCUGGCUCUCCGCCUUGUCUCUAUGAAAAAAAUAUUUGACCGUUUUUCUGAUGGAAUGAAUCUGACGCUUCCUGAAUCAGAGUGGAUGCAAAUCUCAAUGUGUACCUGA